UUGACUCGAGUACGAGAGGAGACCGACCUCCUUUCUUCUUCUUCCUUGCUGGUUACUCGAAGGCUCGCGGCGGCUUCCGAUUUCAGCGUCGCAAGAACCUUUGAAGCUCUCGGAGGCGGAGGAAUCCGUGGGGGUGUUCGCUCCGGCGCAGUCGCAAAGAUGAUCGAUGAUCGAGACCUGGGUUUCUUGGCCAACUUUCUUGGCAUCUUCAUCUUUGCAUUGGUGAUAGCGUACCAUUAUGUGACGGCUGACCCAAAAUAUGAAGGCAAUUAGGGAUAUGUUUUCCUUCUUUUUUCCUGGUUAUAGUUAAGAAAAUGUAGAUCAACUGUCAUUUUCGCUAGUAGACAGUACAUUGAUGUAAUGAAUGGUUGGAUCUGAGACAAGAAUGUCGUGGACCUAUUAAUGAAUAUUGCUGUUACUCGACAAAUG